AUGUGUACAGGUAAUUCUCAGUUCUCAUUACUUCAGGUAAGGAAUGGAUCUGAGCAAGAUUCCCCGGUUAUCAGGAAACUGUGUGGCUGGGUUCUACCAGACCCAAUAUUUGCAACUACCAAUACAGUAGGCUUGAGCUUUGUUACAGAUGUGUCAGUUACAUAUCCAGGCUAUGAUAUAACUUACACUGCAACUUCACAAGGUGUUGGCUGUGGUGGGAAUAUAACUGGAAUUAACGGCAGUUUCACAAGUCCUGGUUACCCGGGUAACUUUACUUCAGCAUUCACGUGCUCAUGGAUGAUACAGGUACCAGCUAGGAGGGUGAUUACGUUACUUUUUACUGAUAUGAGAAAUGGCGAGAACUGUGGGACAGAUUAUAUUAUUGUCUUUGAUGGAAAUAGCGACCUGACAGAUCAGUUUGGCAGAUACUGUGGUGGGGAGGUACCUGCUCCCAUGUCUACAAGUAGUAACGUGGCUUUCAUCAAGUAUGUGUCUGACGGUAGCGGAUCAUCGAUAGCCUUCAGACUCACAUUCACGAGCUAAUAUACAAUGUGACAUUUUAAAUAAUACUUGCCGUACAGAUAAUAUGCACAGAAAAACCUAUCAUGAUACAUACAUGACACAGGCUAGAAUCUGUGUCACAAAGCCUAGCUCUGAAUUAUUAAGUCAUACAUAAUACACGGAAACAUUGCAAUUCUAUUCAAUUCCAGACAAUUAACGGCCCAUUAAGGCUAAAAAAUGUUACCAUUUCUACAAUGUAUUUUUAAAAGCUUCCUAUUCUAUUGCCCCUUCACAUUUUUCAAAAACAGGAAAAUUAAUUGGCCAUAUUCAUGUGCCUGAGUCAUC